CGCGAGCAGGACCAAUACAUGCCUAUCGCGAACGUGAUCCGCAUAAUGCGUCGUAUUUUGCCACCCCAUGCAAAAAUAUCUGACGACGCCAAGGAGACCAUCCAGGAGUGUGUGUCAGAGUACAUUGCCUUCAUCACUGGGGAGGCCAACGAGCGCUGCCAGCGAGAGCAGCGCAAGACCGUCACUGCCGAGGACAUCCUCUGGGCGAUGGGGAAGCUUGGCUUCGACAACUACGUCGAGCCCCUCACUCUUUUCCUCCAGAAGCACCGGGAGUCGGAGAACAGCGACAGGUCCACUCUGAGAGCUGAGUUUAUGAAGAGGGAUCGUGCAGUGGAUUUUGGACCUGCUGGGCCCCCGAUUGCUCUAAUGCCUCCUCCUCCACCGCCUUAUGGGCCUGGCUAUCCUUUUGGGCCCCAGCAUGGUCCUGGGAUGUUCGACCCAUCCAUGCUUGGGAUGUUUAGGGAUGGGUCGUCAUCUGGCUCGGGCGGAGGAGCUGGGUCUUCUUCGGCUUCAGGGGAUCAGGGCCAGAAUUCCUUGGAGGGGUUUGAUCCGUUUGCUCAGUUCAAGUGAGCACAAUUUAAAGCAGGGUCUCUGCUUACCAGAAAACAAUGAAUAAGUAGUAAUUAAAGACUUUUGGAAUAAUAAAGUACUCGCUGGUUGUUGCUGUUGUAGACCAGUGUGGUGUACUUUUAUGUUUUAUCAUGGUUUCAGAAUAGCUGGGUUGUUUCAUUUGAGUGUUUUAAGACAGCUUGAGUAGUUGUGAUGUAAUCUUUGAUUAAUGAAACUCUUUUAUUUGGUA